GCGAGAAGAGGAGCCGCGAGAGAAACACGCGGCUCGAAGACAAUGUCUGCGUUAUUUGCUGCCAUCUUUUUGGUUGGCCUGUGCCUUGCCAACGCCGUCAACUUCACAACCGUCUACGAGUGGGACACAUUCGAUUUCGUCUGGCCAUCAGGAGCGGAAACGGACACUUCAAUUGAACAGAUUAAACAAAUUUUUAAUCCAAAAUAUGUUGAUCUUCGAUUCAUGGCCGUUUUCGGAGAGAGGCUCUUUCUAAGCAUUGCGAUGCACCCCCGUAUUCCCGCCACUUUGGUGUGGCUGCCAACGAGCAGCACGUCGACUGCCCCUCCAAAACUUGCUCCUUUCCCAUCCUGGAAUUUACAUAAAAAUGGCAACUGCGAGACUAUUCAAGCGGCCAAAGGAAUGGAAACGGACCCUGAAGGUCGGUUGUGGGUGCUCGAUGACGGAAGCACAAAUUGUGCAAGCAAACUUUGGAUUUUCGACCUGCUCAACAGCGACACAACCGAGCGCGUGCACCAGUUCCCGGACACAGUCGUCACUCAUUCCUACUAUAAAAGAUGGCUGCUUGAUAUCGUGCUGGACAAAACACCAGACGAUUACGUUGCGUACAUCGCGGACUCUGAAUCUGAGCACAUCGUAGUUUACAACCGAAAAAUGGACAAAUCCUGGUCAGUUAUAACACCAGAGAGACGUUGGUUUUCCUUGGCCCUCUCUCCCAACCAGGGACAGUUGUACCUUGGAAGAGACAAUUCCAAAGAACUUUAUUCAAUGCCUGUGUCCGAGCUGAAGAAUGGAGCCGUUGGAAGCGCUACUGUGAAAUUAAUCAGCGAAUGGAACGAAGAACCCUACAGAAUGCUAUUCGACAGCGCCAAUGUCUUGUAUGCCGCCUUUCACUACGCGAAUUACACCUCCAACUGGAAUAUUUCGGAGCCAUUUCGUGAGCAGCGAUUUCAUGAGGUAGGAAAACUGCGUGCUUAUCAGCCAUUUUCUUUUGCUUUGGACACGAAUGGCAGUUUAUGGAUGAUGGAGAGAAAUGAAACUAAGGAUGAGAAUAAGUAUAAACUACUCCAGGCUGAAGUCGGCGCCAAAUCGUAUCAAUACAGCACGUCCACUGCAGCCUCGACUACGCCUCAAGUUAACGUAAAUGAAGAGACUUCGAAAGACGUGAAAAGCACGAAAACUCCAACAAUCGGUGGACAUGCUGGUCUUGUAGGAAAUCACCGCAACAGUCAGUCUUCGAACACAAUUCCGAUUUUGUUGCUCGUGUGUUGUUUUGUCAUUUUGUGGCUGACCCUGAGGAUGAGAAGAAUGCAGACCUCUUUCAGGCAGAUUCAGAUGGAAAAUAAUGGGGAAAUGUUCGUUUUCCCUGAACGCAAUUAGUUGUCUACUCGAGACAAAUGUAAAAUAUUUUGUUGCAUUUUCAUAAAAAAAUAAUUCAAUAAAGGUAAACAUAAAAAGCUACGGUUCUUCGGCUUUUUUUAAUAAAAUAAUCUUUUGUAAGAAUGGUUUGAGGUAAAUAAAAAUAUAUAUUGCAAAUAUUCCCUUA